AUGAAUACUUGGUUCUCCCUACCUCCGAGAAGAUUGUAUACCUGGAGGGCACCGCAGGAUAGACCUGGAAAUAUUGUACGGAAUCAAAUCGAUUUUGUCCUCGUUAACAAGAGGUUCAGCACAACCGUCUCAAGAGCGCAGACGUACCCGGGCGCCGACGUGCCAUCCGAUCAUUGUCUUCUAACGAUAAGCAUAAAGCUAAAACUAGCUUUGUGCAAGGUCAACAAAGGUCAAAUAAGAAAAUUAGACACCUCGAAAUUACAGCAGGAGGAGAUAAAGUCUGAUCUUAGGAACAAACUAAACCAAAAAUUGGAACAUAUAAAAGGCCAAACAGAUCAACAACCACUGGAAGUAUGGGAAACAGUUGAAACUACCAUAAAGAACGUCACAAUUGAAUGUCUGGGAUAUGAAAAAAGACGCAGCAAAAAGAAAUGGAUAACUGACGAGAUCCUACAACUAAUGGACAAACGCAGACAGCACAAGAACACUAAUCAUGAUGAAUACAAGAGGCUAAACUCACUAAUAAGAUCCGAUAUUAGAAAGGCUAAAAGGAAAUGGCUGGAGGGGGAGUGUAAGGAAAUUGAAUACUUGCAACAAAUACACAAUACGAGUGAAGAACACAAAAAGAUGAAAGAAGCAUCUGGAAUGUAUAAAAAACGACCUCCAGGAAUAUAUACCGAUGACACAAACAAAUUCAUAAUAGAAGCAAAUGAAAAGAAACAGCUGUGGGAAGAAUAUAUCACAGAUUUAUUUGCCGAUGAUUCUCGUGAAGGCCUAAAAGACAACCAGUUCAGCGAAUCAUUAUCAGGGCCACCUAUAUUGAGGGAAGAAAUAAAGAAAGUGGUUAUGGAAGCAAAAGAUCAUAAGGCUACAGGACCAGAUGGUAUACCAGGGGAGGUUUUGAAACUGAUUGAUAACGACAAUAUCGACGUCUUGCUCAAAAUAUUCAAUUAUAUCUACAAUACAGGACACUUUCCCCGAAGCUGGUUAAGAUCAACUUUUAUACCCCUACCCAAGAACAGCAACGCCUGA